GGAAAUCCCGUUGCUCGGGGCAAAUGCUGAGAGUCAGAUUCCGCCAAAACGUAACUUUACUGGGAACGGGGCGAUAGAGCUUGGAACAGAACUUAGCCGUGCUAGUAGGGGCUCAAGCUCCACAAUUGACGCGACGAGUGCGACAGGUUAGCACUUCGACUUGUGCUUCUCGCGCGAACUGUGGCACGAUACCAGUCAGCUCAGUCAGAAAUAUGCGAGGGCGCCGUCUGCAAGGUCUUGCUGCGUGAGGGCACGCACACAUGCCCGUGUGUGAGCGCACUGUUCGCGCAGGCCCGCCACGAGGUCUCUUGCCGCCCUUGCCGCCGGCACUGCUGCUGCCGCCGCCGCAGCAGCUGCCCCAGCCGCGGCUGCCCAUGCUGCAACUGCUUGGCGACUUGGCAGCGGUGGCAGACCCAGGCGGCAAUGGGACCAGUGGCGGCGCUGCGGCAGUGGUGCGCGCGUUCAGCCUCACCAAGCGGUACCUGGAUGACCUGCUGGCCCUCAACAACCGCUUUAUCAGCCGCCUCCUCAGCGUGGACCAGCGCUACGCCGGCAUGCAUGGGCUGUACCCAACGUCUCUGCAGGUGGAACCGCAGUCGCACCCCCACCUGCAAACGCAGAUACCCGCCGGCACCACCGCGAUGCCCUUCCUGGACAUUUUGCUCAUUUUACGCACCACGCCUAGUGGCGACGCCCGGAUCACCACACGCUUGUACGACAAACGGGUGCAGCCCGUGUUUGAUGGAGUGCGCCUGUCUCGGUUUAUUGGGGCUGAUAGCAACGUCAAUGAGGCCAGCAAACGCAAUAUCUUCACCGGCCAGUUCCACCGGCUGCGGCGUGUCGUCAUGGAAGUGGAGAAUUUUGUGUUCGAAUCCGCCAACCUCAUUGCCGCCCUGACGCAGAUGGGCUACUCGCGGGCCCGCCUGAUACGGGACUGCGCGCGGGUACUGGAGGCCACACCACAGGCCUACUAUAUCCAACGACGGCAGCGCCAACACCCUGAGUACGCGGACCUCGUGGGCUUGAUCCGCCAGUACCUGGCACGGCGCCGCCACUUCGACAGCACAGCCGUCCCACUCGAGUUAACGCAGACGCAUCACUGGUGACACUUGCAGCUUUUCCUUACGCGUUCACUGUAUAUAUUGGUUUUCUGGUUUUUUUUUGGGUUUUUUGGUCUAUUGCCGC